AUAAAAUAGGCAUAUUCUCCGACGGAUAACCCCUUCUCUCUCACUACCUUAUAUCAAAAUCAGAAGCCUUACAGCUGCUGUUCAUAGUUCGUUCACCACUGAAAUAUGGAGACCCUUUUCAGGGUUGUGUGCUCCUCAUUCCCAGCAACUCCUCCAAUCCCUCAUCGCUCACUUUCCACUAGAAACCCAUCUGUCUCGGCCCUCAAAACAGGCCCAUCUCCUGUGAGUGAGCUUGCAGAAGAGGACGUGCUGCUGACGUUCUUCAAGGAAAGACAGUUGAAUGGAGACUUCAUAUCAAGACUUUCUGACGUGUUUUGGCAGAGGGAGUUUACGAAUUUUGUUGAUGGUGAUGGUGUUGGUGACAUUGAUGACACUACUACUCAACAACAAGCAGAAGAGCAGGCUGUGAAUGAUUCUGGUGGGUUUUUGAAACUGUCAGCAACCAAUGAAUGGGUGUUAGGUGAUAGAUCUGCACCGAUUAAUAAAAAAGCCAUUGCUAAGGCCAUGCAGAAUGACAGUGAAAGAAGGAAGAAACUCAACCUUCUUCAAUAUGAAGCUAUACAGAGGGAACUAAUGCUUUUGUCUGUUGGUAUUGGAACUGCUUGUACUGGGUAUUGUUUAAUAACACUGUCAUUCCAGGGUGCCGUCAGUUAUGCGACAGGAGUUCUUUUCAGUUGCUUGUACCUUAAACUCUUGUACCAGCAUGUAGACAAUAUAUCCCGAGAAGCAGUCCCUCAGAUUUUCCGGCAGAAGAAGUCUAAGAAAAUUGGAAUAAGAAGUCAGGAUCUGGAGGAUUUUCUAGAGAAAUUGAUAAAGGGCUGUGGUAUGGCUCUUUCAUCUCCAAGGCUUGUGUUACCAGCAGCAAUAUAUGGAUUGUGGAUCCUGUCUCAUCAAUAUGUUUCCAGUGAUCUCUUUGAUUUUCAGCUUGUGCCAGCUAUGGUCGGGUUGUUUGUUUAUAAAGCUGCUGCUCUUGUUCAAGUUUAUAGAGAUAAUGAAGACCUGCAAUUGAUCUUUCCUGAUGACCUUUAGGACUCCUUGAGUAUUUUUGGUAUCUAGUAGGAGUGUACAGUACCACCUUCUGGUUGAUAUUUUACAAGAGUUGGGUGUGCCACGGAACAUUUCCUCAGGCAGUUAUAGAAUCAGCGUCCCUUCUUGAGAACACCAGUAUUGCCUGUAUGUAGUCUGAAAAGUAAAGCAUCUCAAAGAUAUUCUGAAGACUGAAGUGAAGCAACAUGCUCUGAGCUCCAUUUGAUUGAUCGGUUCGAGUCCAUUUUUGUAAUUACACCAAGGCAUGUGCCUAAAUAUGUUACUCAUUUACAGUUAGACAGCAGAAUCUGGGCUGAAGAACUAAUUGAGCCAUUCCUUGGUGGUCUUCAUCUUUUGGUGAUCUUCAUUCGGGUGUUAUAUAUAAAAGUGAUGAAUUGAGGAGCA